AUUAGUAUAUAGGAGAAAAACUUCGUAUUCAAGCUCUUUGCAUCUACAAACACGAUGAAGACUUACAGAUUUAACUUUUUCAUUAUCCUUUUUCUUUUAGGGCUUAUUGAAAACUUAUCGACCGCAUCACGCAUAAACUCUCGCAAGAGUUGCAAUUUUCCGGCUGUUUAUAACUUUGGAGAUUCAAAUUCAGAUACUGGAGCUAUCUCUGCCGCUAUAGGAGAAGUUCCCCCACCAAACGGAGUUGCGUUCUUUGGAAGAUCAGCGGGAAGACAUUCUGAUGGCCGUCUCAUUAUAGACUUCAUUACCGAGAAUCUGACGUUGCCGUAUCUAACACCGUACUUGGAUUCGGUUGGAGCUAAUUAUCGGCAUGGGGCUAAUUUUGCGACUGGCGGCUCUUGCAUUCGCCCGACCAUUGCUUGUUUUAGUCAAUUCCAUCUUGGAACUCAAGUGUCCCAGUUCAUUCACUUCAAGACUCGUACACUGUCUCUCUACAACCAAACCAACGGAAAAACGCCAUUCUGCAAAGGAGUCCUUGCACGGCCUAAAGAUUUUUCAAAGGCUCUUUAUACUUUCGAUAUUGGUCAGAACGAUCUCGCUAUCGGGUUUCAAAACAUGACAGAGGAACAACUCAAAGCAACUAUACCGGCAAUCAUUGAAAGCUUCACUACUGCUAUAAAAUUGAUGUACAAAGAAGGAGCAAGAUUCUUCUCAAUUCACAACACUGGACCAACGGGCUGUUUACCCUAUCUUCUGAAAUCAUUUCCAGCUACACCUCGAGAUCAGUAUGGUUGCUUGAAGCCUCUAAACAAUGUGGCAAUUGAGUUCAACAAACAACUCAAGCAGAAAAUCUCUGAACUGAACAAAGAGUUACCUUCUUCUCUCUUAACUUAUGUUGAUGUUUAUUCAGCUAAAAACCAUUUGAUCAUCAAAGCAAAGAAUCUCGGUUUUGUUGAUCCUUUUGAUUAUUGUUGCGUUGGGGCGGUCGGACGUGGAAUGGGAUGCGGAAAGACAAUAUUUCCAAAUGGAACAGAACUUUACAGUUCUUCGUGUCAAAACCCAAAAACUUUCAUAAGCUGGGAUGGUAUACAUUACUCGGAAACCGCAAAUAUGCUAGUAGCAAAUCGGAUCCUCGAUGGAUCAAUAUCCAAUACGCCUCUCCCCACCCAAAAAGCUUGCAAGCUGACGAAUAAUUUAGAUAUGAAUUAAUUAAUGUUUUAAGAAUAGCCAAAUGGUUUGGUUUUGCCGUUAUCUAAUCAUUGUCGACCGUUGGACCGUGCUUUUUUUUCCUUUUUAACUCGUUGGCCGCUCGAAUCCCUAUCAUAUAUUAUCCAAGAAC